AGAAAAUUUGAUAAUUACACUUAUACCCCUAUCAACUUUAUCUUCGUCCCUCGAUCCCCCUUUUUCUCCAUUCAUGUUCCUCAACACCAUCAUUCAACUCUUCCUCCCUCUCCCUCUCUUUUCUCUAGCACUUUCUUCCUGCUACAUUUUCUGAUCUCUUUCUUUUUCUCUUCCUCCUUUCCCUUUUCUCCCUUCCUUUGCUCAUUCUUCCUAGAUCUAGGUUUGUACAAACCCAAAUUUUUACGUUUUGAAGCCUAGAAUUCUGGGUUCUUACAAAUCUAUUCUUCAAACCCGUCCCUUCUACCUUCUCCAAUCGUCCAUCCCCUUCUUUCAUUCUUCCCUCUCCUAUGCAUGCUCUUUCAUUAAACCCAACAAAUUUGGAUUCAUGAACCCCCUCGGGUAUGGCUUCGCAUGGAACCUAAAUGAAUUGGCUGGAUUCGAACGAACCUGGAUAUGAGUUUGCGUGUACUUGGAUGAAUUCGGUGUCACGCCCCAGAACCCGAAUCCGAGGCGCGACAGACGCCGUGCACUCGUGAGACGGGUCCCACAAAUGCACAAGGGUCAGAACUUACUGAACAAAAUCAGUUUUGAUACCAUAAAAUUUCCAAUUAAAAUCUAACUUACAAGAGCGUGGUGUACAUGUAUCUAAAAUCUAUGUCAAAUCUCAAGUGGCUAGCCUUUUAUCACGUCACUCCCCUUGAUUUCCGAGUCUCGAGGCACACUACCUGAAAUGGUGGACGAGAAAAACGAAGUGAGAUAACUCAGUAAGUAAAAUAUGGAUUGCCCUUAAUUAAACUUAUAGCAUGCCAACAAGUGCAAUCACGAAAAAUGGAUACAGUACGGGCACGAAAUAUACGUCUCCUCUAUAGGUCAUGGCCAGCGUUUAUAAACCUCCCACUGGCAGGCACACGAGUACUAGUGUAUAAUCCCCACUAGUAGGGCCACGAGUGAACCGGUUCUAUCACGAACAUGUCGACAUGUGCUAGCGUUUAUAAACCUCCCACUAGCGGGCACACGAAUAACAUGACCAUAUCGGAGACAAAACAGGCAGAAGUUAACAGGAAAAAUCACAAUUCACAAUUCACAAUCACUUUCAGAUCAUCAGGACAAUCACUUAAAUUUCAAGUAGGCAUGCUCAAUUUAAGGAAAAGCAUAAAACAUUUCACUUCAAAUCAGUCAUACUUGUGUAAAACGGGUUUAGUCCCGCCACCACUUCAAAAACAAAUCAAAACAUGCUUUUAAAAACAGUACGGGCAUUACCAUAAAUUUACUUACCUCAC